UUUUCCUUUUUUUUCCCCUUCAGAAUUGCCAAAAUGCUUUGGAAUUCUUAAACGAUUCAAAAACUGAAGUCUCUAAGGAUACAAAAUCAUAAGAACACAAGAAGCAGCAAGGAGGAUUCAGUGCCAAUGCAGCAGCAAAAAAGACAGCCAGAGUUAGUGGAAGGAAAUCUUCCUGUUUUUGUUUUUCCUACAGAACUUAUAUUUUAUGCAGAUGACCAGUCAACACACAAGCAGGUGUUGACUCUUUAUAACCCCUAUGAGUUUGCCUUAAAAUUCAAAGUUCUUUGUACAACUCCCAAUAAAUACACGGUGGUUGAUGCUUCUGGUGCAGUGAAGCCCCAAUGCUGUGUUGACAUUGUGAUUCGUCACAGAGAUGUUCGGGCUUCUCACUUUGGAGUGAUAGAUAAAUUCCGUCUGCAAGUGUCUGAGCAAAGCCAGAGAAAAGCACUAGGGAGAAAGGAGAUUAUUGCUACUCUACUUCCAUCUGCCAAGGAACAGCAACAAAAGGAAGAGGAGGAAAAACGAAUAAAAGAACAUCUGACUGAAAGUGUCUUUUUUGAACAGAAUUUGUGUCAACCAGGUAAACACAGAACUGCCUCAUCGGGACCUAGUUUACUGACCGUCUUCCUGGGUAUCGUGUGCGUUGCAGCACUGAUGCUACCUACUCUGGGGGACAUGGAAUCCCUGGUGCCUCUCUACCUCCAUUUAAGUGUGAAUCAAAAGUUAGUAGCUGCUUAUGUUUUAGGUCUCAUCACCAUGGUUAUUUUGAAAACAUGAGCAAUGAUUUAAUAGGAUGUCAAACACCUGACUGUAUAUUCACAUCCUGAAUGUGGACUGCCUUUUACUCCCAUUCGGCUCAUUAAGACGCUAGCAAAGCUGUUCAGUGAUUUAAGAUACCUUCAGAAGUGUAAUAUAUUUUAACUGUGUAUAAUAAAUGAAAGACUCAAGCACUUUUACGUGCUUCUGUAACAGACAGCUAUGAAAUGUUCAGUGAUACCUGUGAAAAUAAUUUGAAAAACUUUUAUAUCUACACCUACUGUACAAAAUCCUUAUUAAAACAACAUUUGUUAUUUUUAGUCUAUGUUCACAUCAGUGUGAUCACUACAGAAGCAAACUGUCCUAUGUAAAACAUUCACGUGGUUUGUGGUUGUACGUACGGAGAUCGCUGCGUAACACUUCUGUAUCCCUCCUGCAAGGAUGAAAGUCAUGCCUAAUCGUGGAAGAAGAUUAAAAAUUCCAUCAGUGAAACUAUGAAAUAAACCAUUAAAUUUAG